AUGAUUAUCGAGUUCAUUGCAUUUAUUUUCAGAAUUACUCAAAAUAUAUUCGAAUUCCUAGGAAUAACACCUUUGAUAUUAUUCUUAGUCAAGAAAAGCUUAUGCUAUGGAUUCUUUUCAAUAGUGGCAUUUACUCUCAUUUUAAUACCAUAUUUUUCUUACAUUCCUUAGAUGAAUCAAAAAGUACAAAUUUAAUAUCAUUUGAUAAAUGGCAAAUAUUAUGGAUUUGUAUUUGAUAAUUCAUUUAAAAAUAUAUGCUAAAUUACUAAUUCAGAUAUCAUAUUAGAAUUUUAGUCUUCCACCUUGAAGUUCUAAAAAAAUUUCAUAUGUGAAUCUAUUGUAUUUGAAGGAAACAACGAAAUUUAAUUUUAAGAUGAAUACUAUGAAAUUCAAUUCAAUAUUGAUGCAAAUUAUUUAAUGCCAAAUUAAAAAACAAUUGUAGAAUUAACAUCAUAUCUAAUAACUGAUGAUAAUAAUAAAAAUUUUAAAUAACAAAAUUUAAUCAAAUUAGGAGAACAAUAUCACUUAGUAAUAAUAUAAUAUAUUAUAAAUAGUCAAUAUUUAAAUUUCUUCCAUUUAGAAUUGUUAUUAAAGUGUUAAAGAAAUUAUCUGAAAUUUUAGAUUUGCAUGAUAGUUAUUCUAAAACAGGAGAAAUCAAAUUAUUUACUCAUAUCCCAAAUUAAAAUAUUAAAAUCAAAGCAAUAAUAUUAGAAAUGAUAGCUUAUGAGUAAUUACAUCUAUUUAAUAAGAGCCGCAUAGUUUAGUUCAGAAAUUAGUUUUGUUCCUUAUCUAUCUGGCAUAAGAUAUUAUUCUUAUUAUUAUUUCUUUUCAACACUUGCUUUAGGAACUUUCCUACUCACAUUUCUUUUUAUUAUUUUUUGGGAAGUAAAUAUAUUAAACUUAAAAUUAGAUUGUCUUAAAUAUUAAUCUUUGGGUUUUUAUUUCAGGUAUAUUAAAAUCCUUCCAUGUUCCUAACAGAGAAUGAAUUAUUUGUUGUAUAUAUUAUAUUUAAAUAAUUUUUAUAAAAAAAAGUAAAUUAACGAUUUACAAAGCCAUUUCUAUUUGACGUAUUAACACAAUUGUUCAUAUUUUAUUAUUUAUUUCAUUAAUAAACAAAGAUGGAAUGUUGUUACAUUUUAUGUCCUUCUUGCUAAGUUAGUGUCGGCUUUUUGAAUUGUUGUACUUGCCAUAAGUAUUUUGUAUUAUCAUAAUGCAAUGGUUUGCCUGUUACUUGCCCCAUUUGUGUGAAUGUAAAUAUAUAAGACUAAUAUCAUUUUAGAUAAGAUUAGAUACUUAUUAUCAAAGUGAUGAAGAUGUUGAGUUACAUAGCUAGUGUUACAGAAAUUCAAAAAGAAUGUUUUAUCAUUGUCAGUGUUGCAAUGGUUAUUUUUGCAAAUGCGUGUAAGACAUUUCCAUUAAAUUUUAAGAGAAAAGCAACUGAAAAAAUAAAUUGCUUUAACUCCUUGUCCUUUGCCCAAGAGAAAAGCUUAAAAAGUUUGA